AUCUUCUACAGCUGGUUAUAAGGACAAUCAAACUGAUACUGGUGGAGUUUUUUCAGUUGCUCAAGGAAUUUCCCAUUCAUAUCCAGAAGAUCAAACCCUUCUGAGUGGCGGUACUUGCUUGGGUCUUUUCAAUGGUCAUGAUGAUGAAUUUGGGAUGUCCUCAUGGUCGUUACCUCCUGGAACUCAAGAAGGCGGAGGGUUUCAACUAUUUAGUUCAGAUACAGAUGUCUCUGAUGCCUUAGUUGAUUUGCAGCGUGGUUCCAUCAAUUGUUACACAUCAAUGAAUGGCUACCUAUUCGCUCCAGAAAACUCAAUGGUGUCUGCAACUCUUGUUCCAGGUUCUCCUGUUGUUGGUCAGGGUGAUCAAGAAAUAAAUCGGGCAAGAAAUUUCACCAUGGCAAAGAGUGUGACGAUUUUGCUGCUAGCGCUGGUUUUGCACUAUGGGGUAUCCAUGGCAAUGGGCUUAUAUAGAAGGAGGGGAGAGUACUAGGGGAGGGAGGGAAGAAAGGGAAGAAGAAGAGUCGUUGUUUCUGUGAGCUAAUUCCACUCUAACAAGUGUACUAGUCCGUUUAAGUAAUGAUGAAAAUAUAAUAUCGUUCCACAA